CCCCAGUUUAGCGUAUCCGAGCCUGAGAAAGGCUCGAUGUCAUGACAAUGUCAAUAAAUAAAGGUUAAUAAAAUUAAAUAGUGUGGAGAAUUCGGCCUCAAAGUUUAACAACGAACAGAUACAGAUACUCACUAACAGCGGCAGGGCCUACCUGCAGUGUUCCCGCUUACCUGGCUUGACUAGAGUUGUGAAUGAGAACAAGGUUACUUACUCAUUGUGAACAAUGAUUGACAACCGUGGUGAAUGCAGUCGGGGUUCUAAAUUUUAUUGAUUGUUUGUUCCAGGCGUGCCGCGAAUCCCCAUCUUACUCUUCCCUUUCUACUUUCACCGUAUCCUGCAGGCUUCCUCAUCCGCGUAUACCCCGACUCUCCUUGAAAACGACGCUCACACAACACGCGAAAUCACACCAUGUUCGCUACACUCUUUUCAGUCGCUCUCUUUAUCACGCUUGCCGUCCAAGGCGUAUUUGCUGAUGAUUUCACAAUCACCACCCCUAGCCUCGUUGAGUGCCAGAAUGUCCAAAUCACAUGGACGGCGUCAGGCGCUGGACCUCCCUACAAUCUUCUUGUAGUUCCCGCAGAUGACGUCUGUGGCGAGGCUAUUGUUGAUCUUGGUGACCAGACUGGCCUUUCAUUGAACUGGACUGUCAAUCUGGCUCCUAACACUCAGGCUGUAUUUUCGCUCGAGGAUUCUCAAGGAAAUGAAGCCUGGAGUGGAACUAUGACUGUGGCGGCUAGCGGUAACUCGUCAUGCCUGACCAGCACCACCCCGACCACUUCAUCUUCCAGUGCUUCCUCAACUGGCACUACCCUCACGGUUCCUGCCUCACACACGUCAUCGGCGACGGGAUCUACAUACUCUCCCGCUGGCGCUGCUAACGCGGGUGAAGUUCCCGCUUCCGGCGCCUUGUCAAUCCGCCCUCUCAGUGCAUUGACCUCCGUUGGCUCUGUACUUUUGGCACUUAUUGCCUUUGCUCUUUAACGGCCUCGAUACCCACACCUUUACGACGGGUGAUACCCCGCUGGCCGAACUUUUCAAAUUUAAAAUUAUCCUGGUGAUCGUACGAAUACCUUUAUCUUAUACACGUCCUUCCACGCACGGAGCUGGGUUUCCUUUCCUUUCUUUUUUAUAUGUGAUUUAUGGCAGGUGU